GUCUGUAUGUAAACACAUGUACAAAACAAAUGUACUCCACAUUUCAAGCAUUUGUACAAUGUUGCAAAAUAUUUAGGCUGCUAAAAAAUUUCUAUAAAUGAAAUCAACUGAACAGCUUGAACUGCUUUUAUUCAAGAUGAUUUAUGCCUUUGACUGGAUGCUGUUAUUAGUAAAAUGACCAUUAAAAAUGACCUUCUAAUGGUUUAUGUCUUAAUUCUUGUUUGAUUUAAAUACAAUAAAGUAGAAAGAAAUAGAGAGGAGUGAGGGGUAAUAAAGUUUGAAGACUAAUAACUUAAGAAAGAUAAUAGAGCUGACACUCGAACAUUUUCAUUAAUUAAUGGUGUGUAAACAGUGGCCGGAGACACUGAGGGACUUCAACUAGUCUUGUUCCUCUGGGAACCUUAGUUCAUACACAUGAGGUUAUUAGGGAGAAAACAGAGGUUAGCUGAUGUAACACUCAUCUGUCAUCAUGUAACCAUGUCAUGAAACUAGUACACAAAAAUACAGAGUAAACAUCAUGAUUAGGCCUCUGGGUCAUUAGUCCAGGGUGGGAGCUAAUCCCCACGAGGGUCAAUUAUUGUUAAGGUCAUGUUUUGACCUCUGUGGAGGAACACCUGUGUAUUGACUUUGUAUUAGACACAACUUUUCUGUUUUCAUCUGUUCUAAUGUUAAAUUUUUUUUGUAAAGACCCAUGACAAGUACUUUUCUGAAUGUAUAUUCAGAAUAUACGUACAGAGUAUACAAUAUUGAUAAUCAUAAGUCAUACUUUUUUAACAAAAGUCACAAAUAUUUUAUCUGUACACAAUUAACUAGUCAUAACACAUUUACAUACAUUAUAUAACAACUUGCAGUUAGCACUUAUAUGUUGGUGCAACAUUAGCAGUUUUACUUCAUUAAGCCAACUGAUAACCUUUUACUGAUCUAGGCCUUGGACCUUUUUAAUGUGGAUCGUGUAGAGUAUUUGUAUACACAGAUCAGCUAUGACAUCUUGACUAAUGGCAGCUUGUGUUAACAGUACUGUUCUAACCAUGGGCAUGUUAGCAUCAGAAAUGGACCAUGAGCAACGUCAGAAGGCAAACUGGUCUGAUAAUUGCUUAUUCUAAUCUGAUGGAUUACAGCGACUGUUGAGGCUCCUUACUGUGAAAAUAUACUUUCAUUUUAUACAAGAGUACCAUGCACAACAAGGGCUUUCAAAGUUGUAAAUGCCAUUAAAACCUGUACAUGCAUUUGGGUCCAAGUCUCUACCAUCAAGUCUUUUUUUUAAUCACACACAAAAGUGCUUUGAAUGUAAAGUUUUCACAACAACAGCCAGAAAAAAGUUGUGUUAGAGGUGAGGCAGUGAGUCAGAAAUCAGGUCCAAUUCUGAUUGGACCUCAGCGUUACUCAGCAAAUAAUAAAGGAUGUUACCUGGUUGAAAGGUCAGGUGGUGUGUUUGUGUGUUCCUGUAAUGUCACCUGCCCAGGACAGAGACACAUAAGGUGUAAGAUUAUUGGCUAUUACUCUAACGAAUGGGUCAAACAUGGCCAAUUCAACUCUUCCAGCUGUGUUUUCUUUAUCAGGACUCAGUGACUUGACAGCAAAACAUAGAGUCGUUCUAUUUUCUAUGUCUUUAUUAUGUUACUGCGUGAUGUUUGCAGUAAAUGGAGCUUUGAUUCUCAUGAUAAUACUGGAGGAAAAACUCCACGAUCCCAUGUACAUCUUCUUGUGUAAUCUGUGCUUCAACAGUCUUUAUGGGCCGGCAGCUUUCUACCCUAAAUUCCUUUAUGAUCUCUUGUCCAACUCUCACGUUAUUUCCUACACUGGCUGUUUGCUGCAGGUAUUUGUCAUCUAUUCUUACGCAACUACUGAUUUUUCUGUCCUUGCACUGAUGGCUUACGACAGAUACGUGGCUAUAUGUCGACCACUAAACUAUCACUCUGUCAUGACCAAACGCAGGGUUGUUGUGUUGAUGUGCUUCUCCAGGUUUGUUCCUAUGCUCUGCCAGACUAUUGUCAUGAUACUGACCUCUAAACUUCAACUGUGUGGCUCUCGCAUAGAAAAACUUUACUGUGAUAACUGGUCAAUCCUGAAGUUGUCAUGUACACAAAUAACAACCAAUAAUAUUGUUGGAUUUAUUGUCAUUAUUUUCUACUUUGCACAUGUGGUUUAUAUAUGUUUUUCAUAUGUUCACAUGAUAAAAUCAGCCGUGAAAUCCAGAGAGGGCAGGAGAAAGUUUUUGCAGACUUGUGUGCCACAUUUACUCUGUUUGCUCAAUGUCACUGUUGCUAUGCUGUUUGACCUCAUGUAUGCUAGGUAUGGGUCAACUGUACCACAGACUGUGAGGAACUUCAUGGCCGUACAGUUUCUCACACUGCCCCCUCUACUUAAUCCAAUUAUUUAUGGACUCAAUCUUACUCAGGUUCGCAAGAGGCUGUUCUCUCUAUGUACGCACAAUAAACAAGGAUUAGGCUGAAGUGUGAAGAAUGGUUUAGGUCA